AAGAGUCUCAAAGGAGGUAAACCAGAGAAGUGAAGAAGCCGCAUCUUGUGGCUUAGCCGACUGAAAUCCGAAGCCGCAGCAAAACAGAUUAUGACUCGUUCGAGAUCUCAUUCGAUUCAAAGGGGGGUUCAUGAUUCUAAUCAAAAUCAUGAUAGUGUUAUUCCGGCAUCAUCACAGGUUAAAAGAAAAAGAGGUACAACUAGGUGCAAGGAGAUUUGGGCUUUAUCGAAGGGAGAAAAGGUUCAUGUUCGGAUCAAUAGAUAUGGCCAACCAGUUGGUAGCAAAGCUAAGAAAUUGGGCUACUUUUUGGGUACUUUAGCCAGAAACGGAGCCUAUGCACCUCUCAGAUAUGCCGAUUGGAGGAACAUGCUCGCUCAUUACAAAACUGAAAUGUGGGAUUUAGUACAGGAAAAAUUUGACAUUGAUCCAUUAGUGGAACCAUGGAUAAUGAGUUCCUUGGACAGCAAGUGGAGGAAUUUCAAGAAUAAAGUAAAAAAUAGGUGGUUCGGGAAGAAAGAACGUGAUGGAAGAGUACUCAAUGAUGAUUGGACAUGGCUCUUGGAAUUUUGGAGUAGUAACAAAGCUGUGAGAAGGGAAAUUGUGGCUAAGGAAAACAGGAGCAAAGUGAAAUCAGCACACACUUUGGGUACGAAAAGUUAUGCUUGCAAGAGAGACGAAAUGGCAGAGUCUACACCUGAUAAGGUAGAGCCAACUCCAGCUAAGGUUUAUGUUGUUGCUCAUGUGCGUAAGAACGGGACUCCAUUGAAUGCUCAAGUGGCCCAAGUUAUUGAAAAAAUAAAUGAGCCGUCUUGUCAUGAUAAUCCUGGAUCGCAUGAUAGAUUGUCACAAGCACUCGGUGAAGACAAGUAUAAUCCUUCAAGAACAUAUGGAUUAGGGGCAUCUUUGGGAGUGAAGAAUUCUCGUGUAUCAAUAAUCAAGAAAGCAUUAGAGGCACAAAGAAAUGCUGAAGAGAAAGCAGAAAAGGUACAAGAGGAAUUGCAUGAGGUUAGAGAAGGACAGCAAAGAAUCAUGAGCUUGCUACAAAAACUUCAUCCAAGUAUGAGUAUCAAUGAAAUGUUGGACUCAACAAACCAGGUUACACCAAAUGAUAUUCUCAAUACUUAUCUGCCUCAUCAUCAAGGCUUAUCUUCUAAAACAGGCACAACAGUUGCGAGAAACAACUCUUCACAAAUGGUACAAAAUAGGAACUUCUCAUUUUUGGAUUAUGCAUUGGAUUCUUCUCAAAAUGUUGAUUCCUCUAGUCAACAAAGAACUGAGCAAGUUUCUUCAGCUGCUGCAAUUGGUCACGAGUCUCAGGAACUAGAAUUUGUUAUGAUAAAGAGUUUGCUAAGUCCCGGCGUUGAUGUAGCAUAUGCUAAUAUCCUAACUAAAGAUCCAAAGGGCCGUGUGGCCGGGCAAGAGUUGGGUCGUGGUUUUUAUGAAGUAUUCGUUCAAGUCGGGAUUCAUAGUGAUGAACCUUUAGUACGACCGUAUGGGAGCUAUCAAACGAUUGGAGAUGUGAUUGGAAGGAGUAUUGCUUGGCCAUCUUCCUUAUCGGUUGACGGCGGGGUUGUGUCGGCAAUUGAAUCUGGGUCGGCGACGGCGAGAGGAAGCUUCGCGGCACAAUCUGGGUCGGUGUCGACAAUUGAAUCUGGGCAAAAUGAGGUGGAGCAGAAUUUCGGAACAGAAUUAACCUUCCCUGCUGCCUGUUGUGGAAUCCCUGCCGUCGCUGUCAUCCUUGGUUGCUGCAAGGUGGAACAGAAUUUCGGAAGGCUGCGGAGUUGUGGUGGUGGUGGAGGCGGCGGUUGGCAUUGGGGGAUCGGUGAAUGGGAGGUUAGGGAUGACGCUUGGGCAGGCAUAGUUGGCGAGAGCGAGCUGGGAGACGCAGAGAGGACGGAAAGGUGAAGGUCGAGGCAGAGGAGGGACGGUAGCUGUUGUGAAAUGGGUAAGGGGAGGGGAAUUCAAGCACCUCUUGCAUGUCUCUCUGUAUCUGUUUCUUGUACACAGGACCAAUUUUCGUAAUAUGUUAUUUGUGCACAAUAGUCCUGGAUAGAGCUCAAUUGGUUGAAUUCAACGUAAUGAUGCACUCUCUUUGAUGUUCCUGAUCUUCUCUUGAUUUUGAGUUCCACGAUUCUGCAGCUAGCCACGUUAAGGUUUCUGCAACAUCUCCUGUUCCCCAUGUCGUUCUUAGUCAGUUCAAGGCCUGCAUUGUGCUGCUGGGGAACUACUACGUUUUCGGAUCGAAUCCCAGAGUAAUCAGCAUCUUCGGUGCAUUGAUUGCAAUCGGUGGCAUUUCUGGUUUCACUCAUCUUAAUCAAACAGUGUCUCAAAAAUCACAAUCGAAAGACAAAUCCAGGUUGGGCAAAGAGAACGGAGGAGUCGAAAGGAAUGAUGCAUAUGGGGAGGAAUUUGUGUAACUAAUUGACAG